CGUAAGAGAGAAACAAGCGGCAAAAUCAACCGUCGUUCCUCCUCACUCUCCCCUCCUUUGUUCAGCUUCGCUUCCUCCUCAUCCCCUGCUUCUCCCUCUAUUAGUCCUGCUUUUCCUCACCAUCCUGUCUGGUGAGAAACUUUAUUCCGUGGAGACCGCUGGAUGUGAUCGUUUCGUGUUGUCAUUAUUCGUUUUCGGUCUUCUCCGGUGAUUGGAUUCGAAAGCGAGUCCGGGAGGGUUCCCGUGGGGUUUUGGGAGAUGCGUGAUCGGUGGGGAUCGCGGGAGACGCCGGCGAUGAGCUCGAUGACGGCCAAACAGAGAUACAGGAAGCCGCCUAGAGUAGGCAGUUUAGGCUACUGGAAGCCAACGGUUCCAUCUUGGGAGAAGGAGUUCUGCGCCAGAGUCUGCUUCAUUCCUUGGUCGAAGGUCUUGGAAACCAAGAAGGUCAUGUCCUUAUUCGCGAACGUGGUUCAGUGGGACGAUUCAGCUGGAGAAGAAGCGUUCACCAACGCCAAGAAGCGUUUCUGGGCUAAGAUCAACGAUCUGCCCUGUGAUGUCUCUCUUCCUGACCCUGACAUCUUCAUCGACAGAAUCGACUGGGACUCCGUCGCCGCCGGGACCGACCCCGAGCUCCUAAACUCUAUGGAGGAAGAAAUCGGAGAGGGAGACAGGCCGGAAGUCUUGAGCAUCAUCUGGGAGAAUCAAGACAUCAGUGCCAUCCCUUGUUCGGGGUGGGGCGAUGACAACGACGACAAUCAAGUCCGGGCAGCGGCGAUGCAGAGCAAGGACGGAAUAUUCGAUUCGAACUCAUGGGAUGGUCGCGAGAUUCCACCUGAUGAGGACAAGGGCAACGCUCCGAUCCCCCGUUCAGGUUGGGGCGACGAUUGGGCGGUUAACAACCAUGGUGCCGCAUGUGGCUGGGGAGAAGAGUUCGACGACUGGGCGCCAGAGAAGUACCAUCAAGAGAAUCAGAGCCUUACUGAGUUCCGCGACAACGACCAAUCGUUACGGGCAAAGCGGAACUGGGCCAAUGGUAACGGGAAUGGCCGGAGAAGAGAAAGGGGGCAGGGAGUGCGGGCCUUGUUGGCAUAACAAAACCACAAAGUAUCGGCCUUCUCCCGGCCAGGCGCUCCUGGAGAGCAGGGGAGGAGGACGGUGGAAUAGCAGUAAGCGGAAGGGAAUGUGGUCGGGAAGUAGUUAAACCUGAGAAUAAAAGGUGAUUAAGGACCAUGGCAAGGUCUUUUUGUUGAUGGGGACAGCAGAAGCAGAUUCUCAAAGAGGCAGUAUCUGUCUUUUCUCCUCCUGCAGACAUAAAUACAUUCUUUAUUCUUGCCAUAAAUGUAUUCAAUUUUUUCUAGUUGUUUUUAUUGCUUUGGGAUUUUUAGGACAAUCAGAGAAGAAAAGGCCAGGAGGGUAUUCAAAUUCAAUCAGUCCCUCUUCUGUUCUGCAUCUCUGUUUUCUGCCCGGCCGGAAAAGUUGGGGGC